AUGGCGACACCUACAGAAAGCGAGUUCGCCGCCCCUAUUCCUCAAACAAAUCCGGGUUCUUACGAAGAGCUUCAUCGCAAAGCUCGUGAUGUGUUCCCAACAUGCUUCGAAGGGGCUAAACUCAUGGUCAACAAAGGUCUCAGCUCUCACUUCCAGGUCUCUCACACUCUUUCUUUGUCUGCAAUGAAUACUGGAUAUCGAUUUGGAGCUACCUACGUCGGAACUAAUCAAGUAGGACCAGCGGAAGCAUACCCAAUUCUUCUCGGUGACACUGAUGUGAACGGAAACACGACUGCCACCAUUCUUCACCAGAUGGGUAUCUAUCGGACGAAGCUGCAAGGACAGAUUCAACAAGGAAAGUUGGCAGGAGCACAAGCUACUAUCGAACGAAAGGGUCGUCUCAGCACUUUGGGUCUCACACUGGCUAACAUUGAUCUCGUCAAUGAAGCUGGAAUUUUGGUAGGACAGUUUCUCCGAAGAUUAACCCCACGUCUCGAUGUCGGAACCGAGAUGGUCUAUCAGUAUGGAAAAAACAUUCCAGGAGGUCAGAUCUCAGUUCUCUCGUAUGCCGCUCGAUACACAGCCAACCACUUCAUCGCCGCUGCUACUCUCGGAGCUUCCGGAGUUCAUCUAACUUAUUAUCACAAACAGCACGACAACUUGGCUUUUGGAGUUGAAUUCGAAUGCAACGCCAACGUCGGAGAAGCCGUAACCACUCUCGCCUACCAGACAGAACUUCCAGAAGAAGGUGUCACAAUGAGAGCUAGCUUCGAUACCAACUGGUCUGUCGGCGGAGUUUUCGAGAAACGUCUCAGUCAACAACUUCCAUUCACUUUGGCACUUUCGGGUACUCUCAAUCAUGUAAAGGCUGCAGGAAAGUUCGGAAUCGGACUCAUCAUUGGUUAA